AUGGAAAUAGAUCAAAAUGUGUCACAAACUCUAUUGACACAAGGUGCCACAUUGGUUUUACUAGAUGUACCUGCGAGCACUGACAUCGGUAUUGAUAUAAAGUCUUGGAAUGUAGGACAGAAUUUUAAAGGAAUCAAACUGAUUCCACCUGGAAUCCACUUUGUACAUUAUAGUGCAGCAAACAAAUUUGGCGAGUUGGCACCUAGAAUUGGUUUCUUCCACGAUUUCCAGAAAGGUGAAUUCUUAGUGAAAAGAUGGGAUAACAAAAAGGAAGAUGUUAGUUCAGAAUCUGUACCUGACGAGACAAUUCAGAGGCUGAAAGAUAACAUAAAAGAGUUGGACAGGUAUUUAGGACCAUAUCCAUACGAGAUAUCGAAAUCGUGGACAAAAUUAACAAACGACAUCACUGCGUCUCUCAUGAUGAGGUGUUCCCCAUUAUGUGGUUAUGUACGAUCCGCUUUGGAACUGGAGUACUGCAGCGACGCUUCGAGACCACGUGGCCAAGAAUCCGAUAGCAAACGAAAAAAAUCUGGUAGACUCACGGCGGAAAGUAAGGAAGAGCAGUUGCUGCCGAAUCUGAAACCGAAGCCUGGUACAGAACUCAGACUUACAGAAAUACCAGAUAAGCAUUAUCCCGAUGAUGCGACUCCGAGCGAGAUAACGCGGCAUUCUCUUGAUACUAGCUAUGUUUUGGAUAUCACCCUGAAAAAAUUGCGAGAACCUAUCGAAAUUAUCGGAGAAAUGCAGCUGACGUUCAUCUGUUUCCUAGCUGGUCAAAGCUUGGACGCUUUCGAACAAUGGAAGAAAUUUGUAUCGCUCAUUUGUGGCGCCGAUAACGUGAUUCCACAGUAUCGCUCUAUCUAUAUGAAAUUUCUGCAAGCUCUGGAAGAAGAAUUGUCGUAUGUGCCGGAAGAAGUACUCUGCGACAUUGUAGCGAGCAAUAAUUUUGUAUAUCGUAAUCUGUGCAACUUAUUCGGUAAUAUCGAGUCAAAUUCUGAGGUGGACGGUCGAUUGAAAUCGUACGCCAAGCGUUUACAGGGUCGAUUGACCGCUAAAUUUUUGUGGGACUUUUCGAAUUUACUUGAAGAGGCGGACGAUGAGUCGCCUGUUAUUGUCACUUUGGCAUAAACACAAAUAAAUAAACAAUAAUAAAUGAUUUAUUAAAACCGUAAUGUGAAUAUAUAUAACAA